UCGGCCUACAAAACGCACGGUGCCUAAUCCGCAUCGCGCCCGCCCCCCAUCUUAUGCUUCUUCCCAUUGUCCUCGCCCUAGUUCUACCGUGCGCCGGGAUGGGCGCCUUCUUCGUGAUAUACCUCUUAUUGCUAUGGUGCUCCGUUAGGAGAAGUGGCGGAAGCGGGUAUCUGGAGAAAGAUGGUACGGCGAAGGGACUAUCGGAGUCGGAUCUGCAGAAGCUGCCGAAGAGCGAAGGCGUGCUAGAGGGGACGGAGUGCGCAGUGUGCCUCGACGAGAUCGAGAGAGGGCAGGUUGCACGCCUUCUUCCGGCUUGCAAUCAUACGUUCCAUAUCCAUUGUGCCGACACGUGGCUGUCGAAGAAGCCGGUUUGUCCUGUUUGUAGAUCGACGAUCGGGAUUCCCGUUAAGGGAUUACCGCAGGAUUGCUAAUUUGGUUUUUCCUGCUUUUUUAUUUUGGGGUUUUAGGGUUUCGUGGUGGCGAAAUGCGCACAACUGGAUUUGUAAAUAGUA